UUCUGUGAGUAAACAGCGACAGCCAAUAGUUCGAGCGUCGGCAUCAUCAGAGAAGCACGUGCAUAGUGAACGUGGAGAUGGCCGAGGUGCCGGCCAGUGAGUUGAGAAAGGCUAUCUCGGAGAUGUUGGUAGGUGCCAACCUCGACGUUCUUUCAUCGAAGAAAAUACGCCUGCAGUUAGAAGCGAAGUACGGUAUCGACUUCACUGACAGGAAGAAAGAAAUUGAUGGCUUGGUUAUGGAUCUGAUCUCUGAAGAUAAAGAACCAGAGAAGCCCAAGGAAAGUGCUCAGCAGAAUGGAGCUGCGAGCUCCAAAUCAACUGCUGAAAGCUCAUCAAGUGACGACGAUGACGAACAAGAUGAUGAAGAACUAGCUCGCAAGCUACAGGAUGAAGAAUUUAAAAGUCGCAGUCGUGCUGUGAAGAAAUCUAGGCCUGCCAAGAAGGAGGUAACCAAGAAGGCUCCUAAGGCACCUGGUGUCAAGCGAGAAAAUGCAUAUUCCCGGAAGUGUGCUCUGUCUGCAGAACUGGCUGCUGUUGUUGGGGCUGAGGAGAUGCCCCGAAGUGCAGUGGUGAAGAAAAUGUGGUCUAUUGUGCGUGAGAGGAAUCUUUUUGACCCAUCCAACAAGCAGUUUGCAAUCUGUGAUGACCAACUGAUGAAGGUUUUUGGGCAUAAGCGUGUGCGCAUGUUUGGGAUGAUGAAGUACUUGAAGAACCACAUCAAGGACAUCAAGUAAUUGGGCCAUCAAGGAAGCUCAGUGUGCCUCAUCUGGUAUACAAUCUUGCUUCCCUGUUUCCCAUGCUUCAACCCAUCUUCCAUUUUUUGUGGACACUCCAUGGGGGGCGGGGGAGAAACCAGGGUGUUCACUGAAUGAAUUGCCGGGCAUAAACUCACCCAACCCACUGAGUGGCCUUGAGAGCUGCCGCAAAGAACGGACGCAUUUUUUCAAUGUACGCACACGUGACGUACAGACGUGCAGCACGCAUCUUCCAAGUCAUCAUUACAGUCUUGUUAAUAUUAUUCACCUCCCAUAAUCACUUCAAGUUAUAGCAUUUUUGCAAACUCUGGCAGCGGCAUUUUCCGAACGACGUAAUGAAAUUCUUGAACGACGUAAUUAUUUUUUUGAGGUUAUUCAUGUUUUACUUUUAUAUCAUUUUACUCCUGCAAUUUUUCUCAACCUGCAAACAUUGCUGCUUGACAAAAAUGUAGAGCAGGAACAUAUUGUGCAGCCAUUCUAAUGGAAUUGAAUUUGUGGCUGUAGAUAAUGCUCCAAUGUUAGUGCUACGUCUGCAUGUUUGUGCUGGGAUUUUGUGUGCAAGUAUUUCAAAGUGUGCUUUUCAAGAGUGUUUUGCUUUGUCUGAGUGCUUAAUAUUGUAGAUUUUUUUUUAGAGCUCCAACGUUUGUGAUCCAACAUAGUUGCUUUGUAAUAGCACUUAAGUCCAAUUAAUUUGUUUCUCAGAAAGUUAUUAUGGCCGUUAAAAAUCUGGAUGAAAUGCUGUUACCGUCAACUGUUCUCGGAGAACAGAAGUGUGUGUACUUUUUUGUUGGAGCAUAAUAAAGUACGCCCUGUGAAUGGUGCUG